AUGGCGAAACAAGAGUAUCUAAGAGACCGUUUGCUCACGCAACGGUGGAAUUUGAUACGAGCAGUGUCAGAUUACAAUUUUAAUGGCACUGAAGUUGUGAGCAUGGAGAAAUUGCUCAGCGACCAGCUAUCUAUCUACGAAAAAGUUUUAGAGGAAGCUUCCGGUAGUGGCCUGUCGUUGGAAAUUGAAAAUAAUUUCCCACCCUUAGAAGAGAAAUGGAGUAUUCUGCAAGCUGUUUUCUUUGCCUCCACUGUUCUCACCACAAUAGGUUAUGGCAAUAUUGUACCAGAAACAUUCUGGGGGAGGUUGUUCUGCAUCAUUUAUGCGCUAGUUGGUAUUCCCUUAACGCUCACCGUUAUUGCUGAUUUGGGCAGAGUUUUCGCAACAUGCGUGUCCGUUAUAGCUAAACACUUACCAGAGAUGCCAAAAUGGUGCAGCCGCGUAUCUGAAGCUAACCCAGCAGGCCAAAAAUCGCUGUACGCCUUCUGGGCUGUAGGAUUCCUAUUUGUUUAUCUAUCCGCUGGUGCUGGUUUAUUCAAGAUGUGGGAAGACGAUUGGACGUUUUACGACGGAUUUUAUUUCUGCUUCAUUACUAUGACAACUAUUGGUUUUGGCGAUCUCGUUCCAAAAAGGCCAAAAUACAUGUUGCUAUGCACGUUGUAUAUAUUAAUCGGUCUGGCACUAACGUCUACUAUUAUCGAGCUGGUCCGUAGACAAUACGCUCGCUCCUGGCAGCAAUUGCGGGCUCUCUCAGGCCCCUUGGCAGACACAUUGCGAAGACUUGGCGACGCCGGUCGUGGAGUCGACGUGUCUGCGCUACACGACCUACGGAAAGUCCUAACAGUUGUAACAAUGCCACGAAUGGGUGGGGGUCGAAAUUCUCUCGCGGAUAAGCGACAGUUGGAAUGGGAGGCUGCGCUGGAGGCUGUCAUACGAAAUAUUAACAGCCCAUCACCGACACAGCAGAAACCGCCAAUAGUUCAAAUAGUUAUAUAUGAGUCUUCCGUAUAG